AUGAACGAACUCAUCCAGUCUGCCUUGACUGAAAUCGAAUCCAAACUCAAUGCGCUGCUGACAAUUCUCACAACCUCUCCCACUGCUGCAGGAGCGCCUGCUGCGGCGGUCGCGCUUCUUGACGCGGACGAUGCGCUGACCUCCGCCAUUGAAACCCUUCGACAACACCAAGAAAACCACGCAAAGAUCCUUCGGUUACGGGCUGAAGCACAACAAUUGGAGGACCGGGUGAAGGGAAUUGUGAGGGAGAUCGAAGUGUACGACAAAGAUAUCCGUACGGCUUGUGCAGACGGCGGCGACAGCGACAGCGAUUUCGAUUCUGACUCGGAUGAUGGUACUGGAGACAAGGCAACGGACUUGCAGGGAAUCAAAGAGAUUGAUUACAAGUUACUAUUGGAUUUCGCACGUCGCAUCAGCAAGUACAACCACGAGGCAGCAGCCGAUGCCGCUUCAGGCGCCGCGAAACGACAGGGACAAGGAAAAGUCCUUGCCGGCAAAGACGUGAUAAUGACGGGUACAAACGGAGACCAGGCCACAGAGGAUGGUGCAGAGCCAGUGGCAACCGUCACCAAAAACGCAACGCAGUGGUUGGACGAGUCCGCGAAUGUCACACGCGAAGUUUACAUGCUGCCAUACCCAAUGGAGGAACGGAUACGGAUGGGUCUGAUGGGUCAAGUUCAGCUCGUCGCUGGCAACGACCCUGAAAAGGAAGUCGAACGGCUAUUACGCGAGGCCGAAGGUCUUGGGGCCGCAGAACCGCCUUCACAGGUGGAACCUGCAGAAAGUACGAAACAGGCGGACGAGGCCUCGAAGGCCGCAGCUCAAGCCGGAUCAUCGGCGGCUGGAAUGCCACGGGUGCCUGUUCCAGCGGCUGCGCCGAAACUCAAACCCAAGGCUAUGCUGGAUCUUGAUCUUUACGAUCCUGACGACGACGAUGAUUGA